AUGGAGGGAGAUGCCACCAAAGCCACAGACCUUAUCAGCUACAACAGCAAAGGAGGCGUAAACCCACAAACACAAAUCCUAGACGAAGACGGCAAAGGUGAUAGUUUUCCUUCUCCUUUGCCCUUAAUCAGCUACUAUGAGCAGCGCAAAGUCCAAGAUCCCAGCGCAGCCAAAACCGGGACUGGUCUGCCUAUGUUAAACAACUCUCCUGAGUUUAUUCCUGACGUGGAGCCUUAUGAAGCAGUUGCAGUCCCUCGGGAAUCUAUAUUAGAAGACUGUAUACGGCGAGAAACAGAGAGAUUGGCUUAUCAAGAAACUUUAUUAAAUAAGGUCGUAUACGACUGUAUAGACCCUAGCCCAUUUAAUCAAGACAAAGAGCCACCUGCCAACGGCGAUUUAAAGCCUUUUUACUACCCAGUUGACCCUGCAGACACAACUUUAGUAUUUGAGUCCCGAUUUGAGUCUGGAAACCUGAGGCGAGCUAUCCAAAUCUACGAGUUUGAGUAUGAUUUAAUAUUAAAAUCCGAUUACAAUACACGAGGAAACACCCAAUGAUAUUAUUUCUCAAUUUCCAACACCAAAGCGAACCAAACCUACAGGUUUAAUAUCAUCAAUAUGAUGAAGCCAGAUUCUCUUUAUAAUGCAGGCAUGAAAACUUGUGUGUACUCGACUAAGGAUGCAGAAAAUUUUCAUAAGGGCUGGAGAAGGGAUGGGUUUGAUAUAGAUUGGGCAGGCUUUUAGCUUUAGAAAAGUCUUUGACAGCAAAAAGAUCUGAUAAAUUUAAAGAGUAAGCUUGUCUAGAAAAGGGAUUCUUAGAAUUUUUGUAACCAAAGGGCAGGCUAAAGCCUGCCCAAAGUAUAUUUGCUAUUAUCAGAAUAACAUGAAAAAGAAAAUAGGUGGGUAUUACUAUACACUGACGUUUGCUAUUACUGUGACUAAUGAAAAAGAUACAGUCUAUAUUGCGCAUUGUUAUCCUUAUACUUAUUCAGACCUUAAUAAAUAUCUUAAUUUACUAUUAGCUGACCCUAAAAAACGAAACAGAAUAAGGAGAAAAACAUUGUGUCAGACUGUGGCUGGAAAUUCCUGUGACGUUUUGACUAUUACUAGCUUUUUGACUGAGGCUGAGUCGUUUAGGGCUAGAAAAGGUAUAGCGCUCUUUGCAAGAGUGCACCCUGGAGAAACAAACUCGUCCUGAAUGAUGAAAGGACUUAUUGAUUAUUUAACAGGACCAACCCUAGAUGCCAAAAUUUUGCGGGAUAAUUUUAUUUUUAAAAUUAUCCCUAUGCUGAAUCCUGAUGGAGUUAUUAAUGGAUCGUAUAGAUGUGGGCUGGCUGGGGUUGAUUUAAAUAGAUGCUGGGCUGAGCCGUCUAGAAAACUACACCCCACUAUUUUUAACGCAAAAGCUAUGCUAAAGCAAUUUUGUAGUGAAGCAGAAGUUGUACUGACCUGCGAUUUCCAUGGACAUUCCAGGAAGAAAAACAUCUUUAUGUAUGGCUGUGUAGGCAAAAAUGGAAAUAAAGAAAAAAUCUUCCCAAAACUAAUGGAAAAAACCUCAGAAAUUUUCAGCUUCAGCGACUGUGUGUUCGGGAUGCAAAAAACCAAAGAAUCCACAGCCAGAAUAGUAAUUUAUAGAGAAAUGGGGAUUAUCAAUUCCUUUACCUUAGAAUCUUCUUUUUGUGGGGCAAAUUAUGGGAAGCAUGCAGAUUUCCAUUUUAACCCUGAACAUCUUCAAGAAGUUGGGCAUGAUUUUUGUGACGCGAUUUUGGAUUUCUGUGACCCUGACCAAAUUAAAGUGAGAAUGGCUAUAGAGGAACUUGAUAUUUUAUUCCCAGGGACUGAAGAAGAAGAGGUUGAAGAAAUAGUCGAAGAUGUAGUAAUUGAAGAGGAUAACGGCAAGAAAAAGAAAAAAAAGAAAAAAGUGGUUGUUAAAAAGAAGGUAAGCACAACUAAAUCAAAAAAAGAAAAAUAA